AUGGCAGACAGCACCACAGCCUUGACCUCCAUUGUCCUCCUGGGCCUUGGACUAUGUCAGGGCCCGUGGAACCAGGUACAGGCAGGAGACGUCCCCAAACCCUCCAUCUGGGCUGACCCAGGCCCCAUUGUCACCAACGGGAGCUCUGUGACCAUCUGGUGUCAGGGGUCUCUGCAGGCUAGUGCCUACCUUCUGUACAAAGAGAAGGACUCUGAAACCUGGGAAACGAGGAUCGCACAGAACUCCAGCAACAUGGCCAGUUUCCUCAUUGGAGCCACGACCUCAUCCCAUGCAGGGCUGUACUGGUGUGCAUAUUACUCCACUGGGAACACACUCUCAGAGCGGAGUGACCCCCUAUUCCUGGUGGUGACAGGUGAAUGGUACCUGAUUGUCCUAAUCGGGGUCUCCGUGGCCCUGGUCCUGCUGCUCUUACUCUUCCUCUUCCUCCGAUUCCGGCGUCAGAGCAAAGGCAGGACAUCGGAUACUGUUGCAGAAGACACACAGCCUGAGCGGGACAGACAGCUGGCCAGCCAGAGGGCGCUUCUAAAACCCACACAAAGGGUCCUAACGCCUCCCUCAGCCCUCGCUGGCUCCAUCCUCCCGCCUGGCCCAGGAGCCACACAGGCUAAAGACCCCCGGGUUGCGGCACCCAACAACACCCAGGAAGUGACUUACGCCCAGCUCAAGCCCUUGACCCUCAGCCAGGAGUCAAGUGCACCCCCUCCUUCCCCAUCAGAGGAGUCCCCAGAAGAGCCCAGCAUGUAUGCUACUCUGGCCAAGCACUAG